AUGCUUUUGUAUCUUCUACAAACCUCUUUAUAUGACAUGGACUAUAGGAUUUGGAAUACUUCCCAUCCUUCCGGAGAUGGAGCGGAAAACAGUCCCAAGGUAAAUACAGCCUUAUUUCAAGAACACACCCUAAACUUCCUGGAGAGGAUUUAUCUCUUAGAAUUCAUUUGGAUGGCUUCAAAUGCAUACAGUAGCCAUGAUCUAGACACGGUGCAAGCCAGGUUUGGAUACGAUGGAGACGGGUUAAGAGCAAAGGUCUUUAGACAUGAUGAGAAGAUAGUUAUUGCGUUCAAAGGAACAACACUUUCUGUGAUGGGGAUGGGAAUAGGAAAAACAUCCAAGAAAGACAAGUUUUUGGACAAGAUCUUGUACUCUAUAUGCAAAAGCAGAAGAUGCGAAGAAGAAAAGAGAAUGGAGUUUGGUAGAAUAGGCUAUUUUGAUGACGCCUUGAAGAUAAUUGACUCUGUGAAAGAAGCAUAUCCGGAAAGCAGAUUGGUUCUCACUGGACACUCGCUUGGAGGAACAAUUGCAUCCCUGGCAGGAAUUCGAUAUGGUCUCCCUGUAAUGGCCUUCUCUUCUCCCGGGGAUGCAUACAUGGCAAAUAUCCUUGGACUCUAUACCAUAGGAAGAGCCUACGACAAUAUUGUGCACAUUGGAAUGUGCAACGACGUUGUGUUCAAGGGAGAGUGCAACAAGCCAUAUAGUCCAUGUAGUAUUCUUGGAUAUAGUAUUGAAACAAAAUGCCACAUAGGAAGAUCCUUAUGCAUAAAGGAUGGAGGAAAAGACAGCCUAGCUUACCAUCCAAUAGAUGUUAUGAAAGAAAAGAUUAUGAUGCCAGAAGAAAUAGUUUUAAUAGAAGGCAGCCAAAACACAGACUGUAUUUACUAG